GUUACAUCACAAGUCGUAUUUCAAUUGUCCGAACAUGUCAGGUCUUGCCUGACACAACUGGUAGAUAAAGAAAGUGAAGGUAUAUAACAGGCUUAGUCUGGGUUGGUUAUCAUACCUUGGGUUUGCCUCCACUUGCUGACAGACCACGUACUGGCAUGGCUUCAAGGAAACAGACAGGAGCCUACAGGUCGGAGCCUGUGUUGUCAAUCCUAAGAAAAGGAUCGUCGGGACAGGUUACAAUGGGAUGCCCAACAACUGUAGCGAUCGAUUGUUACCCUGGGGUAAGGACAAGAGGGACGACAGCAGGCUUGGAGCUAAAUAUUAUUACGUCUGCCAUGCGGAGAUGAAUGCAGUGAUAAACAGGUUCUCAGCAGACUUGGAAGGCUGCACUAUCUACGUUUCCCUGUUUCCGUGCAACGAGUGUGCCAAGAUCAUCAUCCAGUCCGGCAUCAAGGAAGUUGUCUACUACUCCGACAAGAACAAUGACAAGGAGGAAGUAAAAGCCGCGAAGAUAUUGUUUGAAGAGGCUCGUGCCAAAACUAGACAAUACGACUGGAAUAAAGCCAAUGAAAUUUUGCUGGAUUUCGAGUCCAUUGAAAAAGAGCCUCAGCCCCGAAAAAAGGCACGAAAGGAGUGAAUCUUCGUACUCAUUCUGGAGAUCCUUUUCCUGGAAUUAGAACAAGAAAAUGCAAAGGACUUUAAUGCAGUUUUCUCUGUAGUGAAAUAAUUAUCUUUACCUUUCAACAUCGAAUUUGAUUAUGAUCAUCCUUGAACAUGGAUAUACUUCUUAGUCGAUACUGCUGUUGUUUGCGCUUCUUGACUUCUACAGUUGUGAUAAUGUUGAGGUAUUUAAACGUUUUAAUACUUGUCUAUCCAUAAAUGUUCAGCAAACCUACCCGGGUCUCUAGUAAUCACCUCUAUCGAAGACAACCCAAAACUAUCCAAGACCCAAAACUAUCCAAGACUCUCCAAACGCAUCUGUAAAUUAUGGUGAUACAUUUUACUCGCUGAACAAUCAACUGCUCCCUUGAAAAAUUUAAAAACAAAUUUAUUUGGAAUAUCAAGAAUGAUAAAAUAAAGUGAGUGAGUGAGUUUAGUUUGACGCUGCACUCAGCAAUAUUCCAGCUAUAUGGCGGUGAUAGAAUAAAGAGGAGAACUAACUAUGAAGAAGGAGGAUUGAGAAUGACUGAUUCAAAAAGAUUUAUAGGCGCUUUGAAAUUGUCUCCUUUAAGAUGGUAUUUCAAAAGAUGUGAUAAGAAUAAAUCAUGCAAAUUCUUAAACUUACAUCAAGAUUGAAAAUCCUUUUUGGCGUGAUUUGCUAAAAGCAUGGAAACUAUUUCACACAAGAAAACCAAAACAUUAUAUUGACCUAAAGAACAUCAAUGAACUUCUAUCCCAACCAUUAUGGUUUAAUCAUAAUUUCAAAAAUUCAUCAAACUACAUGAAGAACUUGGCAGAUAAAGUGAUUAUAAAUAGUAGGGAUAUUUUUUUUAAACUGGAUUAUUAUCAAUAGAAUGUUUAAAAGAAAAAUAUGUUAUCAAAGGUACUUUUGUAGAUUAUAGAUAUUUACUGCAUGUAUAACCUGCAUGUACUGCAUGCAGGACUUUUUAUGAUAUACAUCCAAACAUUUUUAGUAAAUGGCAGCAUUUAUUUCGUGAAACAGACUUUGAUUGGUAAAUAUAUUUACAGUAUAUAGAAAAAGAUUGCAAGAUACAAAAGUUACAGAUUUUCAACAUAGAUUUCAACAACGUAUUAUUUACACAAAAAGAUAAUUGCCUAAAAUGAAA